AGGCUGGGGGAGGGGAAUUGGAACCAGACUGCCGUAGGGGGCGGGGUAGUAAAAAGCAAAUAAAUGAAGUGACAAGGCUGUACUUCAGCCCUUCUUUGCCGGCUUUUGCAUCCGCAAACUUCUGAGUCGCGACUUCCAGCACAGGAUGUGGUUCCAUAAGUUGUUGCACCUACAAAGCAGGCUCCAGAAUUUGAUGAACAGAGGAGACAUAGGUCAAGUUCCUCAUCUUUCCAACUUUAAAAGUUUAUUUUCCUUAUCCAUGCAUUGGUGCCAUACAGCUUCCAAGUCUGUGAAUUGUACAUGGCACCAACAUGAAGAUCAUUUGGAACUACAAUAUGCUAGCACUGUGAUGCGCUUUGAUUAUGUCUGGCUUCGAGACCACUGCCGCUCAGCAUCAUGCUAUAAUUCCAAGACUCACCAGAGGAACCUGGAUACUGCCAGUGUGGAUUUAUGUAUCAAGCCAAAGACCAUUCGUCUGGAUGAAACCACACUUUUUUUCACUUGGCCAGAUGGUCAUGUGACUAGAUAUGAUCUGGAUUGGCUGGUAAAAAAUAGCUUCGAAGGGCAGAAACAAAAGGUUAUCCAACCUAGAAUAUUAUGGAAUGCUAAACUCUACCAGCAAGCCCAAGUUCCAUCUGCUGAUUUCCAGAGUUUCUUAGAAACGAAUGAGGGACUGAAGAAGUUUCUGCAGAACUUUCUGCUGUAUGGAAUUGCAUUUGUAGAAAAUGUCCCUCCUACUCAAGAACAUACAGAAAAGUUGGCAGAACGGAUCAGCUUAAUCAGAGAAACCAUCUAUGGAAGGAUGUGGUAUUUCACUUCAGAUUUUUCCAGAGGUGACACUGCAUACACCAAGCUAGCUCUAGAUAGGCAUACUGACACAACCUACUUUCAAGAGCCCUGUGGCAUUCAAGUAUUUCAUUGUCUUAAGCAUGAAGGAACAGGUGGCAGGACACUGUUAGUGGAUGGAUUCUAUGCAGCACAGCAAGUACUUCAGAAAGCACCCGAGGAAUUUGAACUCCUCAGCAAAGUGCCACUGAAGCAUGAAUAUAUUGAAAAUGUUGGAGACUGUCACAACCACAUGAUUGGGGUUGGACCAGUCUUAAAUAUCUACCCAUGGAAUAAAGAGCUGUAUUUGAUCAGGUACAACAACUAUGACCGGGCUGUCAUCAACACUGUGCCUUAUGAUGUUGUCCAUCGUUGGUAUGUAGCACACCGAACCCUAACAACUGAGUUGAGAAGGCCUGAGAAUGAGCUUUGGGUCAAACUGAAGCCUGGAAAGGUACUAUUUAUUGACAACUGGAGAGUCCUUCAUGGAAGGGAAUCAUUCACUGGCUACCGUCAACUCUGUGGCUGCUAUUUAACAAGAGAUGAUGUAUUGAAUACUGCUCGUCUCUUGGGGCUUCAUGCUUAAAAUUG